AUGGAAAAGGAAUCGAUAAAUCAGAGCAACAUACCGAAAGCCACGACCAGUGUUCGCAGCUGCCUCGAUGUCCAGAUGACUCCACUCAGUAAACUGUUCUGUCGUUCUCCAAUCAUGCCAGCCGAAGUGGCCAACCAGUCACCCAUCGCAGCCGACAUUUUCAAAAACGUCAACAAUUUAUCUAGCAAAUUUGAUUCAACCGGACAGAAUUUAAAUGGUACGGAAAAGUUAACCUUUCGGCCCUCUUUAUAUACUUUUAUAAAUGCGAAAAAGAGUGUAUGCAUAAUGCUUUCUUCUUCUCUGCGUUCUAUUGACAACAGACGAUUUGCUCCAGGAAUACUUUAAAUAUUUUCAUGGGAAAAAGCUCCCAGUCCCGCACCAUGCACCUGGAAUCGAGGACUCUUCAGAAGAGGUGAUACCAGAUGGUGGACGGUUUUGCAGCCUGGACUUACGGUUGAAGGGACCGUGUGAACUACCUCCGUCAAACAACAAACAGGUGAUUACAGAAACUGCAUGGAUUUCGAGCAUUUGUAACGCCUGUUUAGGCAUCAAAACGCCCUCAGCAUCCUGCCUGUUAAGUACGUUUGCGUCUGAAUGAAUGCGUCGGCGUAGACAAAUGUGCUUUGUUAAUAACUCUAAAUACAUGCUAGGGAGUUACUGACAGGAUUACUGAGAUCAAAUUGUUGUAAAGCUCAAAAGACAAACUUGCAAAGAUCUUAUUUCGUAGCCGUACGUGUAAGGGGUUAGAGUUAAGGGUCAAGGUUAAGUUUAGGGGUUGGGGUUAGGGUUAGGGGUUAAGUUUACGGGUUAGAGGUUAGGCUGAGCCUUGUCUACUGCAGGUGCAACGACGAAACAAGAUCCGACCAAAAACUUUGCUGUCCAGGAAACAGACAGAUCUGGUAAAUGCAACUCCUCACAGAAUUUAGCUUUAAGUAUUGCACGUUUUUUGGAAACUAAAGUUAUUUGACCUGGAGCUCUCGUGUUUUCUUACGCGUCGCCCACCAUCCACCGAUAAAGUAAUAUUACCAUGCAACACAAUGAAAAACGAGGAGAAAUUUUUCAGCCCGUUGUCCAUCGACUGCCAACCCUAAGUCAACUCGGUGGUGAAAACAAAUGGGCAGGAGUCUCAGGUCAUUGGUGGACACUGGGCAUUGGAAGAACCACCAUACCCACUGAGUUAUGGGCUCCCGUCCUGCCCGGGGGGGACAGGAAUAUUAGACACCAUGUAGGUGUGCGCUAAACGCUCGAUCCCCGGGAGUGGAUAAGUCAACCGCGUCCUCACCAAAGUGUUCUUGUCCUCCAACCAGAUUGUCUCGCCUCUACUCCUACUAUCAGACGGAACUUAGUAAAAGCAGCAAGCAAGCUGGCCACUCUAUAAACUAACUUCCCUGUAAAUGACUGCUGCAGACUUCAUCUCCUGUUACACGCGGCAGUUGUCGUCGCCUAUGACAGUCGAAGCGUCAUCCGGCUGGGAAAGAUGGAUGAAACGCUUCCAUUAAAACAUUCCAAACAGGCAGGCAUAUUUGAGCAUCAUCCGGUCCUGGGCUAAAGAGGGCCAGAACUGUCUACUGCGGUCUCCUUUGUCUUUCUCCCCAGCAUGCUUACCCCCUAUCAACUACUGAUCUCUUUGGGGAAAUAAUGAAGAUAAAAUCGACAAUAGGGCAAGAAGCUCGUGAAUCCUUUUAAUGCCUAAAUGUGUUUAACUCGUAAAAUAUUCACCGAGACAGCUGAAUAAGGGACCCGAUCAUGUAACUAUGCCUGCGGCCUUCUACAAACAGUUAUACUUGACCAACUUGCAGGGAAUCCAUGAAAUCUGCACCAAGACCGGGUUUAUCAUGAAUAUGAACACAAACAACAGCAAAUACUGGCGAUUAAUGGACAAGAGACUGUUGUAUUUAUAGGGGGCAGUCACUAUGUUACCGCAUAUAUGUCAAAAGUAAUGCUCUUUUAUUCAUCAAAGAUGGCUGCCCUUUGGUGCAAUAAUUGUUCAGAGGUGGUUAUGUAGCUCCAGCUGAAGUAAGCAAACCCCAGCUACCGAUGACACGGUACGGGUACGAUAAUACGGUACAAGUGGGGCCGGGGAACGCACAGGCAACGAGAUCAAAUAAUUUUAUGUAAAAGAGAAGCUAUUGGAAAUGUGCAGUUGUACUCUGAGUGGUCGAGAAAUGGUUGCCCUAAACCCUAACCUCCUCAACCUGACCCCUAACCCCAAUCCCAACAAUAUUAUGUCCUUCAGACGGGGCUACAUAACCACAUCUUACCCAAUAACGUCAUUUGGGUAGUUAAUCGCCGCAAUUUUACCACCCGUUCUACUUGUUGGCUCACCGACACCGGCUUCGGAAUAAGCCUUCGCCUGCGCAUUUCCCCGUGACUAAUUGUUUUGUCCAGGCUAAGUCUCAGAACCGAAAAUGGGAUUUGGGUGUCCGUGCACCUGCUAACAGCAUGCCAACCUGCCAAAUUUAAUUUCCGAGGCAGUUUAAUUUAAAGUAAAUUUUUCGGAGCAGACCUUUUCAGGCACGGUCCAAAAGUAAAUAUGAAUAUCUGAGCUGAAAUCCGUCAGCUACUGCGGAAUAACCGCUUAAUAUUCGCAAAUCGUCAACAGGCAGCCAGUAGUAUGUGAUUUUGUAAUUAUUUACCAUCCUAGUACCUAUGUUGUAAGUAGGGUAAGUAAUUACACAAUGGUAUGCCAGCUAUUGAACAGGACUCAGGAGGCUUGCGACCCACCAGAUGAUCCCCUCUCGGGAGAAUUUCCGCCUCGAGAAACUUGAUUUCGUGACUUGGGAGCUGGCAUCAUUUCUUCGCACUGCGGCCGCAUGUCCGAUUAUUUGCGUCCGAAAUAAUUUUCCAGUUUUUCCGAUUCACUGUUUCUGCCCCCAAAUGCACGGGAUCAGAUACACCACCCGAGACAUUUCCCGCAUGACAGUGGAUCACUUUGUCUCGUUAACCAGUGCCUGGUGGUUGCCUCCGGUCUGCCUGCAAUCCUGCAUCUGAUGCUGUCUUUGAUACCGGGCUCGAGCAUGAAACUAAAACGUCAAGCAAAUAAAACUUCAGUUCGGGCGAUCUCGUCGACUUCUAAACUUUUUCUUUUGGCCUGUGUUCUCGCAUGUAUCACCCGAACGUUUUGUCGAUUGGGAUUCUGUUGUGUCGUCCAACAGUUGCGAGGAGUCGUAGUAAACGUCACCCAGAAUUAACCUUUCGUAGCUUGGCAAAUUAGGACAAUUAGUAAUAGUGCUCUGGUUUUCUCAGAGGUUCUCAUCGAAACCUUUGGAGACAGUUAAGUUGAAAAUGUUUUUUUAAGUGUCCAUUACUUUGAGGUACAUCCACUCGACGGUGGCUGUACUUCAAUCCUCAGCCAAAACUUCUGGUCAGAAAGGAAUAUUUGUGUGUCGUCUGACAAAACGAAUGAGGUUCAGUGAACUUCACUUUUCAAUUAUGCCUAUUCGAUCUGCUUUGACUUAUACUGCGCAUUCUUUUUGUAGGGGGAAACCGACUUGAAAAGACUUUACGACGAAAACGACCUCGUCGAGGCUGGUUCAGUACAACAGAAUGGGCAAGUUCAUUUUACGGUUUGUUUUACCCUUUUUGGCCAUAGGCAUGAAAAGAGAGAGAAUAAGGCAUACCUCCCGAAAAUUGAGUGUAAAUUUAAAAAUUAAAACAGUUACUUGUUUACAUUCGAGUGAGCGCUAUAUCGGCAGUUGAAAUCCAUCGACAAGUUUCCGAUAAGAAUUUGAAAGUGAAUUUUUAACAGGACGGACAUGUCCAUUACCUGUCGACCAAUGUUGGUUAUAAAAUCUGGGAUAAGUAUGUUUUUCUACGUAAUCAAACAACAGAUUAAGUAUAUUUCAGCACAAUGCACUUCAGUAUUUGCUGGUAGGAGAUUUUUAACGUUUAUCCCCUCGGAUAUUUAUAGCUAGACCCUUUGGCGGUUUUAUUUGUCCCUCAGCCGUCACAAACGAACUUAUGAAAUUGUCCUUUUGAGACGUAUAUUUUUGUUAAGCAAUUACCUAAUUUACAAAUAAGCAUUACAAAACUUAAGAUUAUAGCUGAUGUAAUUGCUUCUUUUCCGUUUCAGCGAAAACAGCCUUAAGCGUCUGAAAAAGGGAGCCAAUCGUGAAAACACCGCGGUUCUCAGGAACUGGCUCGACACCCAUCGCCUGAACCCGUACCCCACGAAGGAAGAGCGUGACAUGCUAGCGGUCAUUACAGGUCUGAGUCAACAACAGAUUUCCACCUGGUUCGCCAAUGCGAGACGUCGUCUAAAGAAACAGAAUCCGCUGCUUCGCAGCACCCGACACCGACAGGGUGAUGGUUGCCCCUUAUGGCAACACAGUGACUCAAAACCCAGUGCAGCAUCAACCGAUGCCCCUGAGAGGGAGCACCUUAAAACGACCUCGACGCCCACAACUUCCUUGCACGCCAAUUCUCCCUACUGCUCAGAAACGAACAGUACGCCCUCGACGCCGGCCGUCGAAAUGGCACACCUGGUUGACUGGGCGCGAGACCAAUUACGUGUGAUCAAUUGGUUCAAGUUCUUUACGCAGUUUUACCAGCAGGCAGCCAGUGGCAGCAUACCCGGCUUGACACAGAGGUUGUGUUCAGAGUUUAGCCCCUCGGGUCCUCUUUCUGACGCUUCGGAUUCCACCCAGCUAUGCGGUAUCCCCCCGGAACACGAAACAACGAAGAAAAAUUGCCUCCCGGAGGGAGAAGAUGAGAGGACUUGCGAGGACAAUGGAGCGUGGAAAGAGUCAUCCGACACACCCGUUUGGUCUAUCGCAAAGAUAGCCUUAUCUAUUCCGCAGUCGGAAUCGCAUCAACUCCUUCGGCUAGAUCCGACAGCCAGGAUCGACAGUUUACAAAGGAAGACCCUGGAGCAAGCCAACUAGUACUGAGUUGUUGUGAGUGAAUUCAGCUCGCUUUCUGUUGCUUUUAUGGUAACUAAUUCGAUUUAAAACAAUAUUUGAAUUUGCAUUAUGCCCAGUCGUGUUUUGUAUCGUUUUUUGUUGACCGAAAACAGAAAAGUCUAGAUUGAAACGAAUGGUUAACGAUAAUUCGCAAUAGCGGUGUCCACGCCGACGAAGUCGCCGAAUUCUAUAGCUCAGACAAUACUGAUCGACCUAUAUCUUGCGACAGUGUGUAGAAAACAAUUAAUUUUAUGAACCGUCCGGGUCUUGCUUCUUGCGUCCCUAUUUGGCAUGAAUAAGCAAGCUCUUAUCUGGAUCAUUAAAAUCGAUUUUUUCACAGUCGCCCUAAACAUGCCGUCGACGUCAGUGGUAUACCACAUGUCCGCACCCAUGUCACUGUUAGGAGUAUCCAAGGUAUGGAGGAACCUGCUAUGCCAUUAUCAACAAACAAUGUCCCUCGCAGUCUGAUGCGCGCUGGGAGUUCUCUUGCACCUGGUUCCAUACCAGUAGAUGCGCUUUAGCUCCUGCUGGAAGCAUGGGUGUCCAGUCACUCCCGACUUUCUGACCCGCUGUGGUGCUGUUGUUGAUUUAAAUCAUGGCCAAAUAUUCAUGUUGAGCCUGGUGGGUGUGGCGGUACGCCUAGGUGCGGAUCCGGCCUUGUCAGCCAACUGCGAGCGCUCUCUCUCUCACACGUCCGGUCUUCUUGACUGUGUCUCGACACCGGACCCAGCUGGGGAGGAGAGAGUGCGGUAGUUGCUGCGCAAGUCUGCUCUCAUUAUAAACUAGUUCAUGAGCAAGACAACCUGCCUGUCAAACCUUGCUGUGGUGUACACGGUGAGCAUUGUCGAGUACGAAGGUCGAACUGUCUUCAAAAGUGUGUUUCGUGCAAAUUAAUUUGGAUUAUAAUAGUACUAAUACGGUCAUAUUGGGUAAGCGCCGUUGCUGAUUCACAACGGUUGCACUAUACGGUUGUCGGACACUUAGCCCUGUUGUCCAUGCCCUUCGUUCUUUCCAUUCUGGUAUUUGAUAUAACACAGUCUUAGGAGAAUAAUCUUAUGAUUUUUUCUGAAAUUAGUGAUUUCACUCAAUCCAGGGUUGGCACAACAUUUUCGAGUGGGGUAACAGUAUCUCUGACGGAAAACCGAACUUGCAAUGAGAAUUCACAGUUUGUCCUCUGCAACCGACGCCGACGGCCAUGUAACCCUCGGCGAGGGUCCAGUCACGGUGACUUGCGCCUGAAUUAGUCUGUAAUGAGACAGACUCGAGCAACACUUACACAUUAUCUUUCUCCCUCCCCUGUAAACACUGAUCUGAUGAAAAGGCAUGACCGUCAACGAUGGCAGAGGGGUGCUCACCAAUCGUUCUUACGGAACUCACUGGUCCCGUUGGGCCUAACGGGCUCUCUCUCGAGCCCAACCAGCAGUCGCACAACAGCGCUCAAUAUAGGCAGAAUGCUAUUACCGACAAAGGCAAAGGAGACUAGAAUGGCGAUUUCUGGCUUAUUAGCCAUCGUCAGCCAGUCCUAACCGACCCCGAAGUGUGAAACACCUGGGGCUCGAACUCGCAACCCGUGGCCCAGUGUUUAAAGGCGUUGGACUUCAAACUAACCGGUAGCAAGUUUGAUCCCAAGGUGUUGCACACCUCGGGGUUGGGUGUAACUGGCUAAAGACUGCUAAUAAGUCAGAAAUGACUAUUCCAGUCAUCCUUGUCUUUGUCGAUAAUAACAUUUUGCCUAUAUAUACAUGUCAUGUAUAUAGGUUAUCCAUUAAGUUCCGAAACCCCUUGAUGAUGAUGAUGACGAUGAUGAUGAUGGAAAGAUACUAUCGUUAACUUCAGAAUUAAACGAGCCGUCUACGCGUGCCGCUACAAUUAUCUGGUUCCCGCCCCAGACGUACCUAGUCACCACAAGGGCGCCUCAUAUCUCGCGCAGUUGAGAAUGCCGUAGAUGCUGAAAUGAGAUGUCACUGCAAGCUGACUAUCAGUUCCGAGAACGACAGAGUUGUCCUGUCUGUUUUUGACUUGGAAAUGACGACAGAUUUGCACAAAAGUCAUUGAUGUCAAGAGAAAAUAUUAACAGGGGUUUUAUUUGUCUUUAUUUUUAGAUCCGCAGCACGCCAUGUAG